AUGCGUAGGAUUUUCGAAGAUGCAUUAGAAAGCUUAGAUGAUGACGAUCAAAAAUCACAUAUAAAUAAAUCAUCAACAUCAUCAAAAUCUUAUGAAGAAUCUGGUGUUGAUCUAAAUCAAUCCUUAAUUGAAUGUGAACAAAUCACUCAACUUAUAUUUGAAAAUCGUUUGAAUGAAGCACUUAAACGAACCAAAGAACAAGAAAAUCGAUCAUUAUAUCAUAGUUUAUGUCAUAGUUCAAUAAGUUUUAUGCAAGCUGGAAUGACAUUUAAUCAAGAUGAUAUCGAAGCAUCAAUUCAAGCUUUACGUCAUACAACAAAUAUGUCGAAAAAGAGUGAAUCAUAUCGAUCAUGGAUAUCAUUUGGUUUAAGUACAAAAUCAACGAUGACUGAAUACGAAUUACAUGCAAAAUUAGUUUAUGCUGAAGCGUUACUUAUAAGAGCUUUAUUAACAUUUAUACAAGAUCAAGGUUUAUUUAAUUUUAUAAGUGGUGCAUUAAAAAUAAAAGAAUGUCAUGAUUUAUUUGUAAAAUUAGCAAAAAAUAAUGAUCCGUCCAGAUUUUCAUCUAAAACAUCGUAUGAACAUUUUGAUAGUGGAGUUCGAAUGGGCAAUGGAGCAUUUAAUUUGAUGAUUGCGAAUUUACCACAACGGAUUAUUCGAUGUUUAGAAUUUGCUGGUUUUUCCGGAGAUAAAGAUUUUGGUAUUAAAGAACUUGAAAAAAGUGCAAUGAGUAAAGGUUUACGAGCACCACUAGCAGCUUUACUUCUUCUCGGUUAUCAUACAUAUGCUGCACAUAUAUUUGGAAAUGGUGAUGGUGAUCUUAAUAAAGCACAUACAUUAGUUGAAUAUUAUUUAAGCAAAAAUCCAAAUUCAUAUUUAUUUCUUGUUUUUCGUGCAAGACUUCAAACACUUCAUUGCCGACUUAAUGAGGCAAUUCAAACUUAUGAAUAUGCAAUUCGUUGUCAAAGUGAUUGGAAAAAUCUUCAUCAUAUUGCAUAUUGGGAAAUACUUUGGUGCCAUGUACUUCAACUUGAAUGGAAACAGGCGGCAACGAUGGCUGAAAUUCUUCUUAAAGAAAAUAAUUGGAGUAAAGCAACAUCAUGUUAUCUUCUAGCAACAUUUCAAUUUGAAUAUAAUAAUGGAAUUGCGACUGAUGAAAUUAGUCAAUUAUAUAAACGUGUACCAGAAUUAAAAAUUCGUCUUGCGGGUAAAUCAAUUCCAUUGGAAAAAUAUGCAAUAAAACAAUGUGAACAUUUUCUUGCACAAAAAUGGCUCUUUCUACCAGCAUUGGAAUUAGUUUAUCUUAUGAAUGGUUUUUAUAUUCUUGUUCAUGAUCAAAAUAAAUUACAGAAAACCCUCGAUAUUGUUAAUAAUGCAAUAAAAGAUUUAGAAGUGAAUCAUCAAAAUGAUCAAUUUUAUGCUGAUAGUUAUGGUUCCGGUCUAUUACUUCGUGGUGUUCUUCAUUGUUUUCUUCAUAGAUAUGAUGAAGCACAUCAAGCAUUGGAUGAAAUAAUUAAUAUGUCAAAAGAAUUUGAUGAAAAAUCUUUAUUAACAGCAAAUGCUUUAUUAGAAAAGGCAAUGGUAUAUAUUGAAUUAAAACAAAAACAAAAAGCUAAUGAAUAUUUACAAAAAGCGAUUGAAUGUAAGGAGUAUCAACUUGAAUCUCGUCUUCAUUUUCGUAUAAAUGCAGCAAUGCAAAAAGUGAAACGAUUGGAUAAUGAAUCGAAUAAGAGAAAUGAUUCUAAUAAAUAA